AUGCACACAUUGCACGCUGUAGCAGAUGAACUUCGCAUGCGGGAACAAGACCGCAAUAUGCUACGCGGCGUACUUGAUUCCCUUAGGCGCGUGGAGGAGACACUUCAAGUUUUGAAGGAGAGCCACGCAAGACGCAUACUUUUAGUGCGCUGCAAGAAGUUAUCAUUAACCGGUUCGGGUGCACGGGCAACGCCGUUGCGAACUCUGUUUGCAAGUGGCUACAAAUUACCCGGAGCAACCUGCACCGACGUACAUCUGCUACAUCUAGCAGUCAAGAUUCCCAGGCUUUAG